AUGUUCCUCCUCCGCUCAUCUGCCGCCCUCCGAUCAGCGAUCGCCCCGGCAAUGCGCCCCGCUGCCAACUCCGUGGCACAGUCCUCUCUGCGCGCCUUCUCCUCCUCCGUCCGCCUCUUGGAGGGCCAUGGCCCGCCGAUCAUCCAGGGUGAAGGGUCAAAGAGCGGCGAGGUCCCUUCGAACCUCUCGCAGGCUACUGGAUCGGAGCGCUUUGAGCUGCUGGGUAGGAUGCAGGGUGUCGACGUCUGGGGCAUGCAGCCCCUGGACGCCACGCGCGUAGGAACAAUCAAGGACCCCAUCCUCGUCGAGUCUCUCUACCCGGAACGAGUCAUCGGCUGCACGGGCUCCCCUGCCGACUCGCACGACACCGUCUGGAUCAGCCUCAACACCGACUUGAAGCACCACCGUUGCCCGGAGUGUGGGUCUGUGUACUCGCUCAACUACCUUGCUCCCCCUGAGGACCAUGGUGACGAGCACCACUAG